ACCAUGUGAUCUGUAAUGAGGAAGUUAGAGGCGGUGAGUCAUGGGAAGAUAGUCCUCUUCGUAACUGCUGUUUUUUUGGUGUUUGUGUUUUUACGGCCUUGACAUGUUUUACACGGAGGUCGUUCUGGGAUUCAAACUGCUCCUCUUUCUGCACGUCGUCGCUCAGUUCAGGAUUAAUGGACAGCAGAAGUGGCCCGUACCCUACAGGCGGUUCGAUCGUCGGCCUGAUGUGGACUCUUACUGUCAAGCUCUCUAUCCGUUCUGCCCCACCGGAGACCCAGAUGGACGGAUUCCCUACAUGAGAGACAGCGACACCAUCUCGGUGUAUCGGCUGCAGACUCCAGUGUGGGAAUUCAAGUAUGGAAGUUUGCUGGGAAAGUUUCACAUCAUGCAUGAUGCUGUUGGGUUCAGCAGUGCAGAAACAGGAACCAACUACACCAUGGAGUGGUACGAGCUGUUUCAGCUGGGCAACUGCACUUUUCCUCACCUCAGACAAGACGUGUACGCACCUUUCUGGUGCAACCAGGGAGCUGCCUGCUUCUUUGAAGGCAUCGAUGAUUUACACUGGUCACAGAAUGGCACCUUAGAGAAAAUUGGAGUAAUCACAGGGCAGCAGUUCAACGACAUGGCCCGCUGGGUGCAGGAGGACAACGAGACUGGGAUCUACUACGAGACGUGGGCAGUUCGGUCCGACCCCAGCCCCAACGCCACGGUGUGGUUCGAAUCCUAUGACUGUUCCCAGUUUGUCCACCGCACAUACAGGAAGCUUACAGAGCUGGGAGCCAAACUAUCCAGCCGAUCACAGACCAACUACACCAAGAUCUACCUGUACAGCGGAGAGCCCACGUACCUCGGCAAUGACAGCGCCAUUUUCGGACAGCCUGCUCUGAAAAAUCUGGCAUUGGACAUCCGUAAAUUUUACCACACAUUUAGGCCACACCAGACAUUUGCAGAUGCCAUGAUCAGUCUGCUGGAGGCUUUUGAGACGGUCGUGUUGGAAAGGAGCUUCUACCUCUACUACAACUUUGAGUACUGGCAUCUGCCAAUGAAACCUCCAUAUGUGCGGAUUACAUAUGAAGAAGUGCCUUUGCCUUAAAAUCCCAUUUGACUACUAAUUUUUUAUUUUAUUGGUAAAUAGUAUUAGCUGAAAGGCUAAUGACAACAAUAUUAACAUAAACUUCAAUGAAUGGUUAAUUUGUUUCUUCUAUUUGGAAAUGGCAGCCAAGAAAAAACGUUUCAACUAAGUUGUCACGUGACUAUGAAGUCCUUCAAAAGCUAAAUACACCCCACGAUUCAGUGGCUUGCAGAAGUAACUAGUCAUUGUUUUCUAUAUGACUUACAUAUACGUUACAUUACUGCAUCAUUACAUUAUUCAUCAGUGCACAACCUUCCUAAGGUCCUGUGUAGCCUUUUAAUCAGCUUGAUGUCUGAACUGUGGCUCGGUCAUAAUAACAAUAACAACAACAACAAAAAUUCAGCUAUUUCGUUGUAGACUUGCUGCUGUGCUUGAGAUCUCUGUCCACUUGGAGUAUGCAAUUUCAGCCAAGCUUUAGCUUAUAUUCUAGUCAGAUGGCCUCACGUUUGUCACUAGAAUACUUUAGUAUACAGAGUUCAUGGUUGGUUCAGUGACUGCAAGGUCCUCAGGUACUGUGGCUGCAAAACAAGCCCAAAUCAUCACCCCUCCACCACCGUGCUUGACAGCUGGUAUGAAAGAUUUAUGCUGAUAACACUGUUCUGUGCAUUAUGGCCGCUUUGGUCUUAUCUGUCCAAAGGACAUUGUUGCAGAACUCCUGUGGUUUGUUCUGAUGCAACUUUGCAAAGCUAAGUCAUGCUGUCAUAUUCUUUUUAGAAAGAAGAGCUGCUCACACUUGCUGAUGUUAAUCAGUUAAUCAAGUGCAUUUGAUUAGCAUCACCUAGCUGCUACUUAAACAUGUAGUCAACCCACAAACGCCACUUCUCGGCCAGGAAAAGUCCUGCUAAAUGUUUCCGAACAUUUAAACACUGGAAAGUCCAGAAGUGCUGUUUUUUGUUUUGUUUUGUUUUUUAAACUGGUAUUACAAACACAGAAUGAAGCAGGAAAUGCACUCAGCAGAUCUGUACAUAAUGCUCCUUGGUGAGAAAUACUGAAUUGAAAUCUAUUUUCUCUUGAAGAAAGUGAGGUUUUAUCCUUUAUGAUUGAAACGUUUCACAGGACUCAGGUCCUCCAAAAAACUAAGUACACCCUGAAUGCUUCCAUAGGAAUUAAGUGCGAUCAGUCCACACACAGUAAAAGCAGGGAUUCUGAGUUAGCUUAUUUGACAAAUCUGCAUUUUCCUGUUAUUUUUGGACAUAUGACCAAAAAGACUUCUUGAUAAAUAAAAGAUGCAUGUACAACCC